AUGAGUGACAACGCCCCUGAUCUCUCCAUCGUGGGUGACCGCCUCACACUACAUCCUCCUGGUGUCAUUCAGGACCAAGAAACACCUCUCCUAAGUUCAUAUGCACGCUUUCGUUCAGCUCCAUUGGACUUUUUGCGAGAGGUUAGCUUACAUCUCUCUGGCACUGGAUGGCGCUCAUACGAUGACUUCAUCGGUCGAAACAUCUUCUACAAUGGCUUCAGUAGUCACAUCACAGCCUUGGUCCUGAAGAAUCCUCGUCUGCAGGCCAAAAUCUCCGAGCUGGCUCACAAGAGGCUUGAUGUCGAGAUUGCCGAGGGGACUCUUCCCGACCACAAGGUCGAGGAUAGACGCAAAGAACUAGAAGCUCAGCUUGUUCAAGUUGCCGAUUCAUGGACUGAUCAGAUGAUCUGCAAGAUGGACAGCAGGCGGUUCAUUCGUGGUGCCUAUUACUUUGCCACUCAGCUUCUGACGAGAGCAUAUCACCAAGGCAUUCACGUUUCGAGCGAAGAAGUCCUCCGCCUUCGAAAGGUCGCCAAAGAAGCAGAGAGAAAGAAACAGUCCAUCAUCUUCUUACCUUGUCACCGAUCACAUGUGGACUAUGUUUCAUUACAGUUGAUCUGCUAUCGUCUUGGCCUCGCUCUACCAAUCGUGGUGGCUGGAGACAACCUUAACUUUCCUGUAGUAGGGCCUUUCUUGCAACAUGCCGGCGCAAUGUGGAUUCGUCGCAGUUUUGGUGAUGAUGCUCUAUACACAACGCUCGUUCAGGCGUACUUGGAUACGUUGCUACAAGAAGGCCACAACUUCGAGUGCUUCGUUGAGGGCGGUCGCUCACGUACUGGAAAGCUCUUGCAGCCAAAGUUCGGCAUUUUGAGCUUCUUGCUUGAAAGUGUGUUGUCAGGUCAAGUUGAAGAUGCUAUCAUUUGUCCUGUAAGCACACAAUACGACAAGGUCAUCGAGGUCGACUCCUACAUAUCCGAACUUCUAGGACAACCUAAACCGAAGGAGUCUCUAGGAAACUUUUUGUCCUCUUCAUCAGUCCUUUCUCUGAAGCUUGGUCGCGUUGACGUUCGCUUCCAUGAGCCUUGGAGUCUACGCGACUUUAUCAAUGAGCAAAAGCUUCGACUUACCACUUUGCCACCACAAAUGAAGACACCUGAGGAUAUUAUUCUCAAACGCCGCCUUCUCACCACUCUAGGCUAUAAAGUUCUUUCCGAUAUCAACGCAGUAUCAGUUGUCAUGCCCACAGCUCUGGUCGGCACGGUUCUUCUUACUCUUCGUGGGCGAGGAGCUGGCAAGUCCGAACUUGUGCGCCGUGUCGAUUGGCUGACAGAAAGAGUAAAGAAGCAAGGCGGUCGUAUCGCCCACUUUUCUGGACUACCCACAACUGUCGUUGUCGAGCGUGCGCUUGAAGUCCUUGGACAGAAUCUAGUUGGAGAACACAGGAACCUGCCCGAGAAGACAUACUACGCUGCAGAUCGAUUCCAGCUCAGCUUCUACCGCAACAUGACCAUUCAUCUGUUCGUCUCGGAAGCACUAGUCAGCGCAGCUUUAUACACCAAAGUCAAGCUUGGCGGAGGCCCAGAAUAUCAGAGCAUUUCUUAUAACGAUCUGUACGAUUAUGUUUAUUUCCUAUCGCAGCUCUUCCGCGGCGAAUUCAUCUUCCCAACAACACCCCUAGCAGAGAACCUCACCAACACAUUGACUGGACUCGAGGCAGAUAACAUCAUUGCCAUCAAGAGAUCUGAACACGAUGGCAGCACGGUUGAAUCGAUCUCACUCGACGAGUCUGAGCGCCUGUCAGGCCGAGAGAACUACGACUUUUACUGUUUCCUGAUCUGGCCAUUCAUCGAAGCCAGCUGGCUGGGCGCUAUAAGUCUAUUGAUGCUCACACCUCCAUCCACGAACGCCUCACAGCAGACUUCACUACCGCUGAACAGUGUCGUCACCCAAGCACAAAGGCUAGGCAAAACUUUGUAUGCACAAGGCGACAUUUCGUAUCUUGAGGCAGUCAAUCGUGAGACCCUACGAAACGCAUAUACGAGAUUUGCUGAGAGUGGGAUUAUCUUCAUCACUUCUCCGUCAAAGGACGGCAAGAUCCCAGCUUCGGUCCGUCUGACGCCGGGGUGGUUGCCGGAAAGAACAGAGGAUGGACAAAUCAAAGCUCAAGGCAAGCUUUGGGAGUAUUGCGAAAGUAUCAGCAAAGCGAGAAGAGAAGGAAAGAACAGACGAGAUGGUAAUACAGUCAUCAGAAGGAUCUUUGGACUGGUGGAGCUGGUCGGCACUGAAUUGUGGAAGGGUGCUGAGCCGUCCAAGGUUAUCGCGCCCAAGACAGGAGACGCAGAAUGGAAAGCCAAGAGGAGGGAGAUUCGAACUGCACCGAAGCUGUAA